ACGGGCAAGCACAAAGUUGGCAAGCACAAGGUGGGCAAGCACAAGGCAGGCAAGCACAAGGCGGGCAAGCACAAGGUUGGCAAGCACAAGGUGGGCAAGCACAAGAUGGGCAAGCACAAGGCAGGCAAGCACAUGGUGGGCAAGCACAACAUAGGCAAGCGAAUGGCAGGCAAGCACAAAGUGGUCAAGCACAAGGUGGGCAAGUGAAUG